CUACCGCCACUGUGUCCACAGUCUCUUGGUCAUCCCCUGUACUGUCUGCAGUCUCUGGUCAUCCCCUGCACCGUCCGCAGUCUCUGGUCAUCCCCUGCACCGUCCGCGGUCUCUGGUCAUCCCCUGCACCGUCCGCGGUCUCUGGUCAUCUCCUGUACUGUGUCCGCAGUCUCUGGUCACCUCCUGUACUGUGUCCGCAGUCUCUGGUCAUCUCCUGUACUGUGUCCGCAGUCUCUGGUCACCUCCUGUACUAUGUCCGCAGUCUCUGGUCACCUCCUGUACUAUAUCCGUAAUCGCUGGUCAUCUCCUGUACUGUCUGCAGUCUCUGGUCAUCUCCUGUACUAUGUCCGCAGUCUCUGGUCAUCUCCUGUACUAUGUCCGCAGUCUCUGGUCACCUCCUGUACUAUGUCCGCAGUCUCUGGUCACCUCCUGUACUGUGUCCACAGUCUCUGGUCAUCUCCUGUACUGUGUCCGCAG